GGGAAGGGAGUGAGCAAGAGAGGGAGGCGGGAGGCCAGGGCCCGCCCCACAGCCACUCUUGCGCCUCUCAACAGCCACAGGGGCAAAGCCCUGUCACCUCCAGGAUCCGGUCAUUGGGGAAAACAGAUAGGGAGACCAGAGGAGGGCCAGCUGGGGCGAGGGGGUGGAGGCCCAGGAAGCAGCAUCUGAGAGGGGCAGGGACCAGGCACAGGAGGCCAGGGGGCACAGAGAACAAACUCCCCUCAGAAGUGGAGAAUAGGAGAGCGGAAGGAACCAAGGGAGGGACGGACAGGAGCCUGAGGAGGAAAGAGGAGGGGGAGAGGGGUCAGGCCAGGCGGCCGAGAAGGAGGCGUGUGGCUGGGGGCUGCCGCAGGAAGCUGGGGACAGGCACCGGCCAGCGCUGUCCCUUGGAGCAGCGGCAUCCCCUACGGCAGACAGAGGCGCCAGCGGUCAGGCCGGGAUGUGCCUCUGAGGGCCACCGCGGAGCGCCCCCACCAUGGCCCCCGGCACCCUCUGGAGCUGCUACCUCUGCUGCUUGCUGACCACAGCCGUGGGGGCAGCUAGCUACCCUCCCCGCGGUUAUAGCCUCUACACGGGGGCCGGGGGGGCCCUCAGCCCUGGGGAACCCCAGGCCCAGAGCGGCCCCCGGCCUGCCAGCCGCCACAGGAACUGGUGUGCCUAUGUGGUGACCCGGACAGUGAGCUGUGUCCUUGAGGAUGGAGUGGAGACCUUCGUCAAGCCUGACUACCAGCCCUGUGGCUGGGGCCAGCCCCAGUGUCCCCGCAGCAUCAUGUACCGCAGCUUCCUCCGCCCUCGCUACCGAGUGGCCUACAAGACCGUAACGGAUAUGGAGUGGAGGUGCUGUCAGGGGUAUGGGGGCGAUGACUGUGCUGAGGGUCCCGCCCCGCCGCUGGGUCCUGCACCUACCACACCACGGCCCCGGCCCCGGCCCGCCCGCCCCAACCUCUCUGGCUCCAGUGCAGGAAGCCACCUGAGUGGACUAGGUGGGGAAGGUCCUGGGGACUCAGAGAAGGUGCAGCAGCUGGAGGAGCAGGUGCAGGGCCUGACAAAGGAGCUGCAGGGCCUCCGAGGUGUCCUGCAGGGACUGAGUGGGCGCCUGGCUGAAGACGUCCAGAGGGCUGUGGAGACGGCCUUUAACGGGAGGCAGCAGCCCGCAGAUGCGGCGGCCCGCCCCGGCGUGCACGAAACCCUCAGUGAGAUCCAGCAGCAGCUGCAGCUCCUGGACAACCGCGUCUCCACCCACGACCAGGAGCUGGGCCAUCUCAACAACCAUCACAGCGGCGGCGGCGGCGGCGGGGCCCUGGACCCCACCCCGGCCCCUCCGGGCCCCAGUGAGGAGCUGCUGCGGGAGCUGGAGCGGCGGCUGCAGGAGUCCUGCUCGGUGUGCCUGGCGGGGCUCGAUGGCUUCCGCCAGCAGCAACAGGAGGACAGAGAGCGGCUGCGGGCCCUGGAGAAGCUACUGGCCUCCGUGGAAGAGCGGCAGCGGCAGGUCCCCGGGCAUGCUGUGGGCCGCAGGCCCCUUCAGGAGUGCUGCCCUCCCGAGCUGGGCCGGCGGCUGGCCGAGUUGGAGCGGAGGCUGGAUGUAGUGGCCGGCUCGGUGACAGUGCUGAGCGGGCGGCGAGGCACUGAGCUGGGAGGAGCGGCGGGGCAGGGGGGCCACCCCCCAGGCUACACCAGCUUAGUGUCCCGCCUUUCUCGCCUGGAGGACCAAUUCAACUCUACUCUGGGUCCCUCAGAAGAACAGGAGGAGGGCUGGCCUGGGUGGCCUGGGGGCCUGGGCCACUGGCUGCCUGCUGCCCGGGGCCGACUAGAAAAGCUGGAGGGACUGUUGGCCAACGUGAGUGGGGUGCUGGGUGGGCGGCUGGAUCUGCUAGAAGAGCAGGUGGCAGGGGCCGUGCAGGCGUGCGGGCAGCUCUGCUCUGGGGCCCCUGGGGAGCAGGACUCCCAGGUCAGCGAGAUCCUCAGUGCCUUGGAGCGCAGGGUGCUAGACAGCGAGGGGCAGCUGCAUCUGGUGGGCUCAGGCCUGCACAAGGUGGGAGCAGCUGGGGAGGCCCAGCAGGCUGCACUGGAGGAACUGCAAGGGGUCGUGGGCCAGCUCCAGGGUCGCAUGGACGCGCAGGACGAGACAAUUGCAGAGUUUGCACUGCAGCUGAAUCUCACGGCCACACGGCUGGGCCAACUGGAGGGACUACUGCAGGCCCGUGGGGAUGAGGGCUGCGGGGCCUGUGGCGGUGUCCAAGAGGAGCUGGGCCGCCUUCGGGAUGGUGUGGAGCGCUGCUCCUGCCCCCUGUUGCCCCCACGGGGCCCUGGGGCUGGCCCAGGUGUUGGGGGGCCAAGCCGAGGGCCUCUGGAUGGCUUCAGUGUGUUUGGGGGGAGCUCAGGCUCAGCCCUCCAGGCCCUGCAAGGAGAGCUCUCGGAGGUUAUUCUCACCUUCAGCUCUCUCAACGACUCACUGCAUGAGCUCCAGACCACUGUGGAAGGCCAGGGUGCUGAUCUGGCUGACCUAGGAGCCACCAAGGACCGCAUCAUCUCGGAAAUUAACAGGCUGCAGCAGGAGGCCACAGAGCAUGCCGCGGAGAGUGAGGAGCGCUUCCGAGGCCUCGAAGAGGGACAGGCACAGGCCGGCCAGUGCCCCAGCCUAGAGGGGCGAUUGGGCCGCCUCGAGGGAGUCUGUGAGCGGUUGGACACGGUGGCCGGGGGACUGCAGGGCCUGCGCGAGGGCCUUUCCAGACACGUGGCGGGGCUCUGGGCUGGGCUCCGGGAAACCAACAGCACCAGCCAGACACAGGCAGCCUUGCUAGAGAAGCUGCUGGGGGGGCAGGCAGGCCUGGGCAGGCGGCUCGGUGCCCUUAACAGCUCCGUGCUGCUCCUGGAGGACCAGCUUCACCAGCUCAGUCUGAAGGACUUCACUGGGCCUGCGGGUGAGGCUGGGCUCCCAGGGCCUCCUGGGAUACAGGGACCACCAGGCCCUGCUGGACCUCCAGGACUUCCAGGCAAGGAGGGACAAAGGGGGCCCAUCGGGCCACCAGGUCCCCAGGGAGAGCAGGGAGUGGAGGGGGCACCAGCAGCCCCCGGGCCCCGGGUGGCCUUUUCAGCUGCCCUGAGUUUGCCACGGUCCGAACCAGGCACAGUGCCCUUCGACAGAGUCCUGCUCAACGAUGGGGGCUACUAUGAUCCAGAGACUGGCGUGUUCACAGCGCCCCUGGCCGGGCGCUACUUGCUGAGCGCGGUGCUGACCGGGCACCGGCACGAGAAAGUGGAGGCCGUGCUGUCCCGCUCCAACCUGGGCGUGGCCCGCAUAGACUCUGGUGGCUAUGAGCCUGAGGGCCUGGAGAAUAAGCCAGUAGCUGAGAGCCAGCCCAGCCCCGGCGCCCUGGGCGUCUUCAGCCUCAUCCUGCCUCUGCAGGCUGGAGACACGGUCUGCAUCGACCUGGUCAUGGGGCAGCUGGCGCACUCGGAGGAGCCGCUCACCAUCUUCAGCGGAGCCCUGCUCUAUGGGGACCUGGAGCUAGAUCAGGUGUAGACGGGGCUGGGCCCGACCAGCCCGAAGUGUCUACGCGGGCCAAAGAGCCAGCGGGGGUGACGGGGUUCCGUCCUGGCACUCCAGCCCUAGGCGAGCCGCCGUCCCGUACCCUCUGUGGCACAGGCGCCCAGAGCACUCCUCUCCAUGGCCUGAGUGCGCCGGGUCGGGGACUCUGGGGUCCCCUCGUCCAGACUUUUGGCCUGCUCGCCGUCCCCUGCAGGGCCCAGACUGCGGAGGAGCCAAUCCUCGCACCCUCGCAGCUCCUCCAGCGGGUCUCUAGGCCGAUGCAGGGCUCUCCCGAGGGGCUCCGGCCCCCAUCGCCAUACUAAACUAUUCAGGAAUAAAGACACUUGGUUUUUCUAAAAAA